GCCUUUUAAACCGUCCAAAUAUGCUUGUGCGCAUGCGCAGAGGGAGCUGCCACAAGACCCCCGCACAGAUACAGAAAACAGUCUGUUUUACGACAGUCUCAGACUAUUGUUGUUGCCAUGGUAUCACCUAAACAGUCCUUCACAUAGGAGCAGAUGUUACAUUUUGUGAUAUUGUGUUUUUUUAGAUAUGACUCUUAAACGGUAAUAGACGUGCGGUUAUUGCUCCGCCGUUAUGAUAUGCAGUAAUAAAUAACCGAGCUGCGGUUGGUGCAGUGAUUGGCCGCUCCGAGCCGCCAUCUUUAGCCUUUUAAAUGCAUUUUCUGCACCGACUGACAUCUUCUCUUCAAUAUGAGCUGAUAAUGACUGUGGUAUAACCGCCGUAUAGCACCGCAGCCUCACUACUUGGACCAUAUCCCUCCGCUUUGUUUACCAAAUCACCUGUCUCCAUCUCAAAACAAAGCUGGUGGAGCUAACAGCUAACAUUAUGGAUUCAGACCUGCAGGAUCCUGGUGAAAAACUGAAUUUGUUUGCAAGCAAAGAGGAGCUGAUCCUGAAAGAAGAGGAGGAGUCAGUAGACGAGGAGGACUGUGAGGUUAAUAACUGUGAUGUUUCCAGACAUGCACUGGUGUCAGAUCUGGAGCUGGAUGAACUUGAAGACAGCAGGAACGGGAUCAGCAAGCUGACGAAGAAGCAGACCACCUGGGCUGUGAACUGCUUCCUGGGCUGGAUGGAGACCCAGGGCCUGCAGGUGGACCUGGCCACGGCCGAGAAGACGGAGCUCAACGGGAUGCUGAGACACUUUUAUGGAUCGGUGCGAAACAGCAAAGGAGAGCUGUACGGCAUCGCCAGUUAUAUCGCACUGAGAGCUGGACUCAACCGCUACUUCAAGGAGCCUCCUGUCUGCAGGUCCGUGUGCCUGAUGAGGGACUCUGAGUUCACCUCGGCCAACAAAGUCUUCCUGGGAGUGCUCCGGAAGAUCAGGAAGUCCGGUAGAGACCGAUCGUCCCACCACCAGGCUCUGUCUCCAGACGAUAUCCGCAUCCUCAGACACUCCCGAGCCAUGGACACCAGCUCUCCGAAGGGACUUCUGAACAAAGUCUGGUUCGAUAUUCAGGUUUAUUUCGGCCGCAGAGGGAAGCAGGCCAACCGGGACCUGAAGCCGGAUUCAUUUGUGAUCAGAAAAGACGACAGAGGGCUCAGAUACUGCACUUUAAACUUCGGGGACGAGACCAGAAGCGGGAAGGAUAAAUGCUGCAUGUUGGAGAAGCCGGGGAGUGAAUUCUGUCCUGUUACUUCGCUUUUAAAGUAUCUCAGCAAGCUCCCGUCCAACGCUGCAGCUCUGUACUUGCAGCCCAAGAAGGAGCUGACAGACAACAUGUGGUACAGCCACAGCCCCCUCGGAGUCAACAACCUGGGCUCCAUGCUGGCUCGCAUGUGUAAAGAAGCCCGAACAUCCGUCAUCUACACCAACCACUGCAUCAGAAACACUCCCUUCCUCCAGCUGUGUGAAGCCGGACUGGAGAAAAAAAGAGAAAUGGUCCAAGUCAGCGUGCACAGGUCUGAAAGCUCCAUCCAAAGGCCCCAGACGCCCCAGAAGAGGUGGAGGAAGAUAUUACCAAAAAGUGAUUCUUCUUCUGGCCCAGCAGGUCAUGUGGGCCCCAAAACAGAAGUUCACUCAAGCACACAUAUUCUGCACCACUGCUGCAAAGAAGUUAUUAUAGGGCUGGGCGAUACGGACCAAAAGUUAUAUCCUGAUAUAUUUAGGCUGAAUAUUGAUAUACGAUAUAUAUCCAGAUAUUUUUUUAAUCGCAAAGUGAGAGCAAAUGUUCAGUCAAAGUGAAAUAUAACAUGUCACAAGUAGUUUUGAUUUAUUUAAGUGAACAUAAAUACUGUACAUAUACAGUAUAUACUGUAUCCCGAUACACUGUAAAAAAAUGUCUGUAGAUUUUACGGUGAAAAACUGCUAAACUAACUUCUAAUUUAUAUUUAUUUUUUCUGUUAUAAAAACAAUAAAAAUGAAUAAACAAACACACACAAACAGACAAAAAUAGCAACAAAUUACCACAUUAUGGGACGUCCAAAAAUGACUCCCUCGAACAAAAAACCCUCCAUACUAUAGUCAAAUAUUUAUAUGCCACUAAAAUGGGAUUCAUUUCGAUUAAUUAAUUACAAAGCCUCUAAUUAACUAGAUUAAUUUUUUUCAUCGAGUCCCGGCCCUACUAUUUCUGACAAAAAUGGUCAAAUUUUAAUAUGCCUAAAAAUGCUUAAAAUGGGUCAAUUAUAGUCUGUUGAAACAUAUUAGAGCAUCAUAUGGCAAGAAAUAUUUAUAUUUAUAUGAGAAAAGAAUAACAAACAUUACAAAAGAACUAAAUAUGACAAAUCCUAGUAAGGGCAGCAUUUAUAUAGAAAGAAAGAAAAAAAUUGA